AUUGUAACUUGUAAUAUAUUAAUUCAUUGUAGAAAAAAAAAACUGUGAAGUGAGCUAUCUAAAGAAAUGAAUCUAAAAUAUUUUAUUGGUGUCGAUGUUGGUUCUGGAAGUGUGCGAGCGGCAGUGGUGGAUAAAUCUGGCCACAUAAUAAAGACAGCAGUAAAAAAUUUAAAUACAUGGAAACCAAAAGCUGAUUACUAUGAACAAUCUUCAAACAAUGUGUGGGAAUGUUGUGAAUAUGUUAUAAAGGCUGUAGUAGAAAAUAUUGAUCCAGAAAAUGUAAAAGGUAUAGGAUUUGAUGCAACAUGCUCUCUAGUAGCAUUAGAUAAAAAUGGGAAUCCUAAAGCAGUAAGUGAUUCUUGUAACAAUGAACAAAAUAUUAUAAUGUGGAUGGAUCAUCGUGCACAGGCUGAAGCUGAUUUUAUUAAUAAAACUGGACAUGGAAUACUUGAAUAUGUUGGUGGUAAAGUUAGCUUGGAAAUGGAAAUGCCUAAACUUCUGUGGCUAAAGAAAAAUUUGCCAAACCAGUGGCCUGAAUAUGGCUUCUUCUUUGAUCUUCCUGAUUUCCUUACUUGGAAGGCAACUGGGUCACUAAGUCGUUCAUUGUGUUCAUUGGUAUGUAAAUGGAAUUAUGAAUGUUCAAUUGAUGGAAAACGAGGUUGGAAUAUGGACUUUAUGCGACAAAUUGGUCUUGAUGAUUUAGCUGAUGAAGAUUUUAAGAAACUUGGAAAGAAAGUCUUAAUGCCUGGUGAUUACUGUGGAGGCCUUACAAAUGAAGUAGCUAGAUCACUAAACCUUUUGCCAGGUACACCGGUAGCUACAUCAAUUAUUGAUGCCCAUGCAGGAGGCUUGGGUAUGAUUGGAGCAAAAGGACAAAAUAUUGAUGACAACAUGUCAAGUAGAUUAGGGUUAAUUUGUGGUACAUCUACAUGUCAUAUGGCUGUUAAUACUGAACCAAUUUUGGUCAAAGGGGUCUGGGGUCCUUACUUUAGUGCAAUGGUACCUAAUAUGUGGUUAAAUGAAGGGGGACAAAGUUCAUCGGGAAUGUUAUUGGACUUUGUCAUAGCUAGCCACUCAGCUGGAGCGAAACUUUUAAAUAAUUGCAGUUCAGGAGAUGCAAGAAAUCAUUUAAGAAAAUUGCUGACACAAAUGGCUAACAAUCAAGGUCUCGAAGAUGUAAGCUUGCUGACUAAAGAUUUUCAUGUCUGGCCAGACUUUCAUGGUAAUCGUUCACCUUUAUCUGAUCCUGCAAUGAAAGGCAUGGUUAUUGGAUUAACUAUCAACCAUAGUGAAGAAAAUUUGGCACUGUUGUACCUUGCAACUAUUCAAGCUCUUUCGUAUGGCACAAGACAUAUAAUAGAUGCAUUGCGACAGGCGGGUUAUGCACCAUUCAAAUCCUUACCUGUGUGUGGUGGAAUCACAAAGGACCCUCUAUUUGUUCAGAUACAAGCAGAUUCAGUUGGACUACCUGUAUUGAAACCACAUGAAAAAGAAUCUGUUUUGGUAGGAGCAGCUAUUCUAGGAGCAUGUGCUUCAAGUUAUUUUAACAAUGUGCAGGCUGCGAUUCAAAGUAUGGGUGGAACGGCAGAUGUUGUGAAGCCAAAUCUAAAAAUUAAAUCAUACCAUGAUAAGAAAUACCAAGUUUUUCUCAAAAUGUUUCAAGAUCAAAUACAAUACAGGAGCAUCAUGAAUUGCUAAUAUAGAACGGAUUAUUCGUUAACAGUUACAAAAAA